UCUUAUCUUCUUAUCUACAUUCUUCUCAUUUAACAUCUUCACUGUAAACAAUGGCUGAAGCUCCUGUUAUUGCCCUCCUCCAAGUCAUCUUUGAGAAGUUAUCCAAUGAAGCCUUGAAGAAAUAUGUUCGACCUCACGGAAUUCACUCCGAGCUGAAUGAACUGGAGAUCACGGUGUCCCAUAUCCAAGCUCUGCUCAAUGAUGCUUCUCACAAGGAAAUAACUGAUGAGUCUGUUGGACUUUGGUUGAACAGUCUCCAACAUUUGGCUUAUGAUAUUGACGACGUACUCGACGAUGUGGCUACUGAAGCUAUCCAUCAUGAGCUUGCCCAGGAAGACUCAGGAGUAAUCACUGGCAAGGUAAGAAAGCUCAUCCCAUCAUGCUGCACAAACUUCUCACUAAGCCAUAGAUUGCAUGGAAAGUUAGAUAGCAUUACCACUAGGUUACAACAUCUAGAAAAACAGAAGGCUGAUCUAGGUUUGAUUGUGAAAGAUGAAAAACAGAAAGAUCUUAAUAAAGGAAACGAAACAUCUUUGCUAGAAUCUGAUGUUGUUGGACGAGAAGGAGAGAAAGAGAAAUUGCUGAACAAGUUGUUGCGGGAUGAUCUGUCUAAGGAGAACUUUAGCGUCUUACCCAUAGUCGGUAUGGGCGGGGUUGGUAAGACCACUCUAGCUAGAGUUUUGUAUAAUGAUACACAGGUGAAGGAUCACUUUGAACUUAUGGCAUGGGUUUGUGUUUCGGAUGAUUUUGAUAUUUUUAAGAUAAGCAAUACCAUCUUUCAAUCUAUCACAAGAGAAAACAAGAAAUUUGAAGAUUUAAAUCAGCUUCAACUUGCUCUUACCGAGAAACUUAAAGACAAGCGAUUUCUAUUAGUACUUGAUGAUGUGUGGACCGAGAACUAUGACAAUUGGGAAAACCUAGUGCGCCCAUUUCAUUUGGGGGCUCCUGGAAGCAAGAUAAUCAUGACAACUCGUAAGGAGAAAUUGCUCAAAAAGCUAGGUUUUGAUCAUCUAGACCAUCUCGAAAACUUGUCGGGUAAAGAUGCUUUGUCUUUAUUUGCUUUACAUGCAUUGGGUGUAAAUAACUUUGAUUCACACCCAACACUUAAACCGAAGGGUGAAGGUAUUGUGGAAAAGUGUGGCGGGUUAGCUUUGGCUUUAAAGGCAAUUGGAAGACUACUGCGGACAAGAACCGAUGAAGAAAAAUGGGAUGACAUUUUGAAUAGUAAGAUGUGGGAUUCACAAAAUGGUGGUAAUCUUUGCGAAGAUUGGAAGGUUAUUGUACCCGCCCUUAGGCUUAGCUACCAUGAUCUUUCUGCAGAUUUGAAACGCUUGUUUGCAUAUUGCUCCUUGUUUCCUAAAGACUACUUGUUUAAGAUGGAGGACUUGGUUCUAUUGUGGAUGGCAGAGGGGUUUUUGAACCACUCAAAUACAAGCAAGUCACAAGAACGCUUGGGUCGUGAAUGUUUUGAAGAGUUGUUAUCACGGUCAUUUUUUCAACCAGCACCUAAUAAGGAAUCACGGUUUGUGAUGCAUGAUCUUAUGAACGACUUGGCCACAUAUGUUGCUGGAGAAUAUUUUUUAAGGUUUGACAUGCAUAUGGAUAUGGAAGAGAAAGCUUUGGCAAAGUACCGUCAUAUGUCAUUUCUUCCUUUUCCUGAGAGGUAUGUAGUUUACCAAAAGCUUGAGGCGUUUAAAAAAGCUAGAAGUUUGAGAACAUUUUUAAUAGUGACUCCAAUGGAUGAAAGUUGGAAUCAGUUUUACUUAUCGAGAAAGAUAUUGAUUGACUUACUUCCUGGGAUGCCACUAUUAAGGGUUCUUUCUUUGAGAUGGUGUUACAUAAGUGAGGUACCAGACUUCAUUGGUAGUUUAAAGCACUUGAGGUAUCUAAAUUUAUCUCAUACUGAAAUCAAAGAGUUGCCGGAAGCUGUUGGCAAUCUAUAUAAUCUGCAAACAUUGAUCGUUUUUUGUUGUGAGAAAUUGACAAAGUUGCCUAAUAGCUUCUCGAAGCUAAAAAAGUUGCGGCAUUUUGACAUGAGGGGGACUUCAAUUUCGAAGAAGUUACCAUUAGGGAUUGGUGAAUUGAAAAGCCUACACACUCUCACCAAUAUCAUAAUUGGAAGAAAUAAUGGAUUUGCAAUAACCGAACUUAAAGGAUUGAAGAAUAUCCAAGGGGAAAUUUCCAUUGAGGGGUUGCAUAAAGUGCAAAGCUCAAUGCAGGCACGAGAUGCAAACUUAUCUCUAAAAAGGCUUACUAAGUUAGAGCUUAAGUGGGAUGAUGGUUCUCGAGGGGGGGCACUUGAAAAGGAGGUUCUCAAUGAGCUGAAGCCUAAUAGUGAUUGGUUGGAAAAUCUUAAAAUUUUUUCAUAUGGAGGAAGGGAGUUUCCAAAAUGGGUUGGGGACCCCUGUUUUAAUAAGUUGGUUCAUGUGUCCAUACAUGACUGUAGAACAUGUAUGUAG